GCUUGUAGUUGUAGAGAGGGAGAGACUAGAGAGAGUAGAGAGAGAGAGAGACUAGAGAGAGAAAGAGAAGUGUAGUGUAAUGUAGCGUGUAUGUACAUUGGCCGUGCUGUCUACCUUAUAUGAAAGGCACCCCUGCCCCCUUGAACAUUCUUCUCCUCCUCCUCCUCCUCUUCUUGCACCUCCUCCCUCCUGCGCUCGCUCUCCCAUGGUGUCGGCCGCGGCGCGGCGCAACGCCACCAGAGAGGAGGAGGCAUGAGAGGAUGGUGACGCUGCUCCGGCCGCACCGCCACGCCCAUGGGCCGGCCGCCGUCAGCGUUCGCCUCAGCAGAAGCCACAGCCGCCACCAAUUGCCGUCGUCGCCGCCCUGUGGUCCUCGCCGUAGCAGCGCCCUGAGGCCCAUGGCACAGGACCCCUCCCACCCGCACCGGCAGAGCAGCAAGGACACCGCCGCGCCACCGCCGCCGCCGCAGGAGCAGCCCGAGCAGCCGGAGAUAGCGCCGCCGCGGCCGCCGUCGCAGCCCCCGCGCGACGUCGUCCAGGAAGCCAGUAGCAGCAGCAGCAGCACCGGCAGCGACGCCGGCUCCUCCUGGCUGCAGCUCGGGAUCGGCCCGUCCUCGACGUCGCCGCCGCCGCCGCCGUCCUCGCGGCGGAAACGACAAAGAACCGAUGAGGCGGGUCCCUCGACGUCCGUACAUCCGGGAGCCGCGCCCCCGACGCUCCCGCCGCCGCCGCAGCUGCGGCUCUCUCUACAGCCGGGGCCUUCGUCCUCGGCCCCGGCAGCGGCGGUGGGGGCAGUGGUGGCGGCGGCGCCGCCACCGCCCGCCCACGAGGCCGGCACGUGGUUCCUGCUCCGGGCGGCGCAGAACCAGAGGAGGGAGCCGCCAUUGCCGCAGAUUCCGAGGAGCUACUUGAGGGUUAGCAGAGACGGGAGGAUGACAGUUAGAGUAGUGAUGAGGUACCUGGUUAACAAGCUGGGGCUUGACGACGAUUCACAGUUAGAGAUUACCUGUCGAGGGCAGCGCCUUCUGCCGACGAUGACCCUACAACAGGUCCGCGACACCAUUUGGCGCCCCGUGCCGGCUGAGGCCGCAGCGGUUUUGCCGGCCCCUGGCUCACCAAGCACAAACCAGAUCAUGACACUGCAUUAUGGCAGAAGCUAGCACCUGGAGAACGGAGCAUCAACAGACAAACAACUUUUCACACUGUAAUUAGUUUUCACUGCACACAGGCACUGAUCCCCUUUUUUCCCCUCCCCUAACACCUAAUCCUCACCAAAGAACUCACUGAGAAAGAAUAGUAGAACACCAAGGAUAGUAGAUUAUAGGUAACACCAAAAUGUAACUGUACUUCAAAACCCUGAGAAAUAAUUCUUUCAUAUUUAUUUAGUUCAAAGAUUUAUUUUGUUCCAA